AUGGAGCAGUACGAGAAGGUUUUGUGUUUGGGACGGGGAGGAGCAGCAGACGUGUUCCUGAUGAGGCAUGUGGAGCAGAAGAGCCUGCACGCAGUGAAGAGGGUGAAAGUGAGGGACGCAAGGGCAGGAAAAACACAGAGAGCUGUUCUCCAAGAGGCUGAGAUCAUCAGGAGGUUGGAGCACCCUCACAUAGUGACAUGCAGCAAUGCCUUUGUGAACUCUGAUGAUGGGUGUAUUUACAUUGUGAUGAACUAUUGUGAUGGUGGAACCUUAGAUGACAAAGUCAAAGGGAGAAAACCAGGGCAGUUGUUCACAGAGGAUACUGUGAUGGGAUGGUUUGUGCAAGUGACUCUGGCUGUAAAUUAUAUACAUUCGGCUAAAAUACUGCACAGGGACAUCAAAACCUCAAAUGUACUGCUAACAAAGCAAGGUGUGGUAAAGUUGGGGGACUUUGGGAUAUCCAGAGUAAUGAACAGCACAGCUGAUAUGGCCUCAACAUGUGUUGGGACGCCCAGCUACCUCAGUCCUGAGCUUUGCCGUGAUGUCCCAUACAGCUCAAAGUCCGAUAUCUGGGCUCUCGGCUGUCUGCUUUAUGAGAUCUGUGCUCUCAGACCUCCAUUUGCAGCCUCAAACCUUCUCAGUCUGUUAUACAAGAUCACUCAAGGGGAAUACAAUCCUGUGCCUAACAUGUACUCGGACAACAUCUCCUCUUUGAUAAAAAGGAUGCUGCGCCUCAAUCCAGAAAACAGGCCAAGUGCUGCCUGUAUACUUAGCAUUGCCUGUGUGCGGCAUCAUGUAGAGAAUAUCAAACACACAGAGACUGAGUGUGCUUCUGUGACUGGAUCUAAACGGAACAGCUAUGAUAUUAAUAUGGAAGGAAAAAACACAGACACUGACACCACACUGAGGCCGCAUGUUCUCAGUCAAUCCCACUUAUGGGAAGAGGAAAAACACACUAUGGAGGACUGUCACAAUGAUGUGGAGGAGGCAGACUGUGAUGCUUUGUGUGUUGGAGGACAAAACCACUGUGACUGCCACUAUCCCGAGGACUUUGAUGAGGAUGAAAGCUCAUCGUCUGUAGGAGAAUGCAGCGAACACUCAGGGUCUCCCAUGAGAAGCAAUUCUCCAGAGCCCAUUGGUAAUGUACUGCUGGAAACAUAA